GCAGCAGCGGUACAUUGCUGGAACAUAAACAAACACGCCAUGGCAGACAUCCCUCCGAGUAGGCAAGAAAAGUCCCUCGGUUUGCUAACCUCCAAGUUCGUAUCACUGCUUCAGGAGGCUGAGGAUGGCGUGCUGGAUAUCAAAUCGGCAGCUGAUCAGUUGGCCGUCCGACAGAAGAGAAGAAUAUAUGACAUCACCAAUGUGCUAGAAGGAAUUGGUUUAAUUGAAAAAAAGAGUAAAAACUCCAUAGUAUGGAAGGGUGGUGGGCCUGGCUCCAACACACAGGAGUUCACCGACCGCGCCUCCAUGCUGAAGGAGGAGAUCUCAGAGCUGGACCAGCAUGAGAAGAUGUUGGAUCAACACAAACAGUAUGUACAGCAGAGUAUUAAAAACAUCACAGAAGACUUGAGCAACUUCAAGAUGGCGUAUGUCAACCAUGAAGACAUUUGCAAUUGUUUCCAAGGUGACACUCUCCUGGCUAUUCAGGCUCCCUCAGGAACGCAGCUGGAGGUACCAGUCCCUCAAAUGGUCAAUGGAGACAAGAAGUAUCAGAUUCACCUCAAGUCUGAGAGUGGACCGAUCUAUGUAUUGCUAGUCAACCAAGAUCAGGAACACACUCCACCUCUUGUUGUACAGGUUCCCCCUCCUGCUGGUGCCCUGAAGCCUGAACCUGAGAGAAAGGGAGUCAAGAGAGCAGCCUCCACACCCCCAGCCCAACCCUCUCCACCUCGCUCUCGCUCCACCCCACAGAAAGGCAUCACAGCUCACACCCCCACCUCUGUGUCUAGUCCCUCACACCCAGAGAGUGGUGAUGUAGCCGAGACAGCGCCAGUCUCCCGGAGGGUGCCACGCAAGGCCUCUGCAGGUGUGAGCAGCGUGACUGAGGCGUUGGCACCAAGAAGAGCACGCAAGAGGCAAGAAGCAGCCGCAGCGGCAGCUGCAGCAGCAGCAGCAGCAAAAGUGUCACUUUCCUCAGAUGUGGUGGUGAAGCAGGAAAGUAUAGAGGAGAUGCUGCCUGUCUCACUCAUCAACAUCAAACAGGAGAGGCAGGAGGAGAUCAGUGCCAGCCCUCCCACACAUCGUACUACAGAUACCAUACUAUCAACCACCGGAGAUAAUUCAGUAGAGGAAUUAAUAUCUGCAGAAGUGUUUGCGCCUCUGCUGCGGCUGAGCCCUCCUCCUUCUGAACGGGACUACAUGUUCAACUUAGAUGAUACUGAGGGUGUGUGUGACUUCUUUGAUGUUCCUAUUCUCAGUUCACUGAGUGCUGAUCUCCAGUAAGCAGUUAUGUAAGAGAAAUUCUAAGUCACUGAACAGUACAUUUCCAUUUCCCAGAAUAAGCAACUUGCUUCAUUACCAAGAUAGUUUGGGUUGGAGGACACAGUGGAAGCCAAUACUGUGGAAUCUGUUUCAGUAGAAUGUCUUGGUUUAAUGACUCCUGGGUGUAAAAUGUUUAAUUUUUUAUUUAUUUAUUUUUUCCUGUUUAUUUCUUUAUUUUUUGUAGAGAUCAAGGAAGUAAAGUAUUUUAACACUGGAACUUAUUGAGAGGUUAUCUGCCUUCAGCAGUAGGGUGAAGUUUUCGAGAUUAGAGAUUUUGAUUUACUUUUUAACACAAUGAAGAAAUGAAAUCAGCUUUAGUGGCAGUGGCUGUCAGGUGUGAGUGCCUGUUGUGUGGCUGUCUAGUUGACUCACUGAAGUAAUUAUGUUAGCAGCAUCAUUAUUGUGUAAGAUAAUUCAUGCAUUCCAUAAAUUAAUUUCUUGCCAGACCUCAGUAAUGUACUGACUAGACCAAAGAUAAUAAUAGUGGCACAGACAGUGUCAAAUGGUCUUGCAGUUAUAAUGUAAACAGUUUUUAAAUUUAAAUGUUAAUUUACCCUGAUGUUUUCCAGAAAAGGACAAAGAGAAAGAUAUGGGUAACUACAUAAAUAUUUGCCAAAGUAAUGUUUGGAUUACAACAUAAUUUUUAAAUCUAAUGUGAUCUUUUUGAGAUUUGCUAGGUGCUAUAAUAAUAUUGCUUUUUCACGACCUUCAAAGACAAGAUUUAGGUAUUGUUAAUUGUUUUUGUGCCCUCAGUAAAGCAUAAGGGAAUUGGACUUGGUUAUUAAAUCCAGUAAGAAUUUAAUGCUUUUCAAGAAGGUUAAUAUUGUAUGAGGUGUUAAAUUUGAAAAUUGAAGGGCAUUUGAAAGUCUUCUCUAUAUGCCACUGAACUGCCAGUGUCAUUUAUCCAGUCCUGUUGAAACUUUGCACUAAGUGUGAGGGAUGGGACAGUGGAUGAGGCAUCACUGCACACCCGUGAUACAGACACUAGAUCAGCUCUGCACUGCUGUUUUGCCCGCUGGGUAAUGCAAUGACCAGCCAGUGUGAACUAGGGAUGAAUGUUCAAAAUGAUAAGCUGUGAUUGUAAACAUGCAUGUGCAGUGUUAGUGUUGGUGGUGUGUGGACAAAUGACUUUUCUUCACCGUCAGCCAUGUUAUUUAUGUGGAGAAAUGGAGGAGGCAAAAUUUUGUGGAUUUCUUUAUUUAUUUCCAAUUUGGAUGAAUGGCCAUUGUUAGAAUUAGGCAAUGUACUUGCUUUCAGUUGACUUGUACACUCAGGUUGUUGACGAAUGUAAACUGAUCCAUGUUACGUUUUGUUGAGUUGGUGGAGCAUGUAUUAGUGUGAAUGCAAGUAUUAUUCCCUUGUGUAAGCAAGACAAAUAUAUAUAUUUUUUGAAAGAA